AUGCAGCUGCGGCAGAAGCGCUACUGGGAGGAGGAGAUCCUCGUAGUUGUUAGUAAAGCAGAAGAGGCUAGCCUGCACGACUUCUGCUGUAAGGUGGCUGACCAGUACGGCUACAAUAUCUCAGUGUUCGUUGUGGACAACAGCGAUCCAGACACCGCUCUGUCUGAGUUGGAGCUGCUCACGUCUCGCUCCCACUUCGAGCUUGUGGUGUUGGGGUCCGAAAUCGAUUGGGCCAUCAAAGGAGCCCUCCGACAGGUUGUGAAGGAGGCUGGCCUGAACACAGCCACCCGAGUUCUGGUGACUCGAGGCCAGGAUGAUAUCUCAGAAGUGUGGCAGCUCCUCGCAUCAAAGUCCCUGCACCGCCGCAGCCCCAGUCCAGCAUGA